CUUUUCACGUUUGCUUCAGCGCAAUGUGCGGAGGGUUUAGGGCUUUGUUCGAGUGCUCUUUACCAAUUUUUAAAUUUUAAAGUAUUACCUUCUGGCUGGAAAGACAUUUGAACAUUUUCAUCGUUUUUACUCACUUAAAGGCAACUUUAACAAACCCUUUCUCCCACCAUGCUUCCUGCUCAGGAGGCUGCCAAAAUCUACCACACCAACUACGUACGUAACGCCAGGGCUGUGGGUGUGCUGUGGCAGGUGUUCACCAUCACCUUCGCCGUCAUCACCGUGGUGGUCUUCAUCCAGCCGUACUGGAUUGGGGACAGCGUGAACACCCCGCAGGCUGGGUACUUCGGCCUCUUCCAUUAUUGCAUCGGGAAUGCGCUCACCUCGGAGCUCACGUGCAAAGGCAGCGCGCUGGACUUCGGUUCCAUCCCAUCCGGAGCUUUUAAGACGGCCAUGUUCUUUGUGGGGAUCUCCAUGCUGCUGGUGGUGGGCAGCAUCGUCUGCUUCAGCCUUUUCUUCUUCUGCAACGCAGGCAGCGUCUACAAGAUCUGCGCCUGGAUGCAGCUGGCCUCCUGUACAUGCAUGGUGAUCGGAUGUAUGAUCUACCCUGAUGGCUGGGACUCCGAUGAGGUGAAGCGCAUGUGUGGCCAGCGGACUGACAAAUACACGCUGGGUAACUGUACGGUGCGCUGGGCCUACAUCUUGGCCAUCAUCAGCAUCAUGGACUCGCUCAUUCUCUCCUUCCUGGCCUUCAGCUUGGGCAGCCGACAGGACAAGCUGCUGCCCGAGGACUUCCAGGUGGAGGAGAAAGAUAACGCCUAGACCUCCUGUGGACAAAAGGGGCAGAGACCGUCAAGACUUUUUCAGACAGGAAUUUAAGAACUGCUUACUUUAGAGAUUCAAAGUGUUUUCAGAAGUUUAAAUACCAUUAUAAAGAUAACUUACUUUAAGAGACUUACCCUGCUCUUGAGAUUUGAAGUUCAUCAAAAGACUUGAAAUAGCCUGUAUACACUUUUAACUUGGACAGUGUGGUCUUAGGUUUUAUGAGAACAAGUGAAGACAGUCUGGGAUCUACAGCUGGUCAUCAUUGCUACUUCUGGAAGGAUAAAUGUAACAAAUGCUAAAAUGACAUUUGUGACACAACUGAACAUGUAAAAUAAAGAUGUCUUUUACACUUUGA